AUCAGAAAAUGGAACGACAUGGAAACCACCAUAGAAUGCGUUGGAUCCUGAAGUAUAAAAACCCCUCAUACGACCCAUUAACCGAAAGUUGACAAGCUCAAUCUUGGCCUCCUCAUCAAUCUUGGGCUCUGAUUGAAGGUGGCUCUGAUUCUACCGAAUCCGGAGGUCAAACUGCUUUUGAGAAAGUUCGAUAUUCUAUCGACACGGGCCGAAAUAUCUGAAAUACAACGUUAAAAAUGGCUUCAGAUGGACCAAGAUUGCAGCGUACGACGUUCACUUCCGUCCUCUUCUUCGUUUUCGUCGCAGUUGCUGCAGAGGCGCAACUGUCUGCGAGUUUCUAUGACUCCACUUGUCCCCAAGCCGCCUCUAUAGUGCAAGAAAAGGUUGAUGCCUUUGUUGAGAGUGACCGGGGAUUGGCAGCAGCUCUGAUGCGUCUCCACUUCCAUGACUGCUUAGUCCGAGGCUGCGAUGGAUCCGUUCUUCUCAACUCAACCGAUCCUAAUAUUCUCACAGAAAAGUCCGCGCUGUUAAACAGCAAUUCUCUCCGAGGAUUUGAACAAAUUGAUGAGAUCAAAAUAGAGCUGGAACCUGCAUGCCCAGGUGUUGUUUCCUGUGCAGAUAUUUUAGCUCUGGUGGCCCGGGAUGCCACUGUCAAGGUUGGUGGCUUGAGCUGGCAAGUAUUUCUGGGCCGCAUUGAUGGUGCAGGCUCAUUUGCAGAUGAAGUCACUGGCAGCUUGCCUGAACGGAGGGACAACUUUACAAAACUCGUCGAAACUUUCGCCAAAGUUGGACUUGAUGCUAUGGACAUGAUCAUUCUUUCAGGUGGACAUUCCAUCGGGCAAGUUCACUGUGGCGCCUUCUUCGAGCGUCUGUACAACUUCCAAGGUCUUAAUAUCACAGACCCAUCAAUGGACCCUGAGUUUGCUGCCAUGCUUAAGGCUCAGUGCCCUCCGACCAAACCUUUGGAAUUCAUGGCUCUGGAUGCCACCAACGGCACCUUCGACUCUACUUAUUAUUUGGACCUUCUGACCAACAAAGGUCUUCUUGAGUCGGAUGUGGCACUUUUGAGCGAUCCCUUGGGAGUAGAGUAUGCAAACAAAGCUGUGCAGGAUCCAGACACCUUUCUGUUAGAGUUCGGAAUGGCAAUGAUCAAAAUGGGCAACAUUCCAGCGAGCGAUCCUUACGGCUGGAGAAAGCAUUGCGCCUUCACCGAACCAAAGUUGUAGGCCCGGUUGAAUGCUUACGGAAUAGAUGACUAUCUGCCAUAAGCAUGCUGGGACGUGCUCUCUGCUUCUGGAAGCAGAUCUUGGGAAUAAGUUUCUGUUGCGUUCAUAAUUUACAUCAGGCCUCAUCAUUUAUGAGAUCGAGGUGGAAUUCGAUCACCAUAAAGGUAUGCGGUCCAAAAGUAGUUGGAAAUGCCAGGAAGGCAAUUAUAGGUCUAGAUUACAUGAGGAGCAGACUAGUUUCUUGUGUACAGUAUUUCUUCUAGGAGAAAAUGCAAACGAUUUUUUUUAUCAAUAAAUUGCAGACAAUUUUGACAAGAAUGUAGGCUGUCAAUGAAGCCAUGAAAUUUUAUUACCAAAACUGCUGAAUGCGAGAUGGAGAUAUAUCUCAUACAGCUAUUGCCCUUUUGAGUAAGAGAAAAACCUGGUCAAUUGACGAUGGGAAGCAAGUCCACAGACACUCUCACUGGAAACCGUCGAGUCAAAGUGGCAGGGAAUGUCAUGGACGUGCGAUGUAAGUGGACGAACAUGAAUUACAGCUGUUUCAAGCUAGGAACUAUUGUUACUAGGUGUUGGGCAUUGAUGCCGAGAAAUGAGAGAGAACUAACAAUCAUAUAU